GAGGAAGUCCCCCGCCCUCUCCCCUCCCCAGCGCCGUCUCUUACUCCGGGCCUGGCUGCCGACUGCGGUGCCUGAGGAGGUUUUUUUGAACGAGGCUCUGAAAUUUGGAGUGUAAGAACAUGUCUCAAUCUGGUGAGAAAGUGAAGUUUUCUGACUCGGCAGGAUAUGUAGGCUUUGCCAAUCUCCCCAACCAAGUCCACAGGAAGUCUGUCAAGAAAGGUUUUGAGUUCACCCUCAUGGUGGUUGGUGAAUCUGGCUUGGGAAAAUCCACUUUAAUCAACAGUUUAUUUCUGACUGAUCUCUAUCCUGAACGUUACAUUCCUGGAGCUGCAGAAAAAAUAGAGAGAACGGUCCAGAUUGAAGCUUCUACUGUAGAAAUAGAGGAGCGAGGGGUGAAACUCCGUCUCACGGUAGUCGACACUCCAGGAUAUGGGGAUGCCAUUAAUAGCCAAGACUGUUUCAAGACCAUCAUCCACUACAUUGACAAUCAGUUUGAAAGGUACCUUCAUGAUGAGAGCGGCCUCAACAGGCGCCAUAUUGUAGACAACAGAGUUCAUUGCUGCUUUUACUUCAUAUCCCCCUUUGGACAUGGGCUGAAGCCCUUGGAUGUAGAAUUCAUGAAAGCACUUCAUGGGAAAGUCAACAUUGUCCCUGUGAUUGCCAAGGCAGACACUUUGACACUGAAGGAGAGAGAGAGACUGAAAAGAAGGGUUUUAGAUGAGAUUUCUGAACAUGGCAUAAGGAUUUACCAAUUACCUGAUGCAGAUUCUGAUGAGGACGAGGAAUUCAAAGAACAGACCCGAGUUCUGAAGGCUAGCAUUCCUUUUGCUGUGAUUGGGUCCAACCAACUUAUUGAAGUGAAAGGGAAGAAGAUCAGAGGUCGCCUGUAUCCCUGGGGAGUGGUGGAAGUCGAGAAUCCGGAGCACAAUGACUUCCUGAAGUUACGCACCAUGCUGGUGACCCACAUGCAGGAUCUUCAAGAAGUGACUCAAGAUUUGCACUACGAAAACUUCCGGUCAGAGAGGCUAAAGCGGACUGGAAAGCCUGUUGAAGAAGAAGUUGUGGACAAAGACAGGAUCCUUCAGCAGAAGGAGGCUGAGUUGCGCCGCAUGCAGGAGAUGAUUGCUCACAUGCAAGCCCAGAUGAGGCUGAAGCCUGGCGACGAGUGAGACGGUUUACCUGGCCGCUGACGUGGCUACUCAAUGCUCUUAAAAUGGGUCAGUGCUUUAUCUGAAACGGUGACACUAGUGAAACGCCAAUGGAUCACGCCUGGAUGCAGGGCUGGAUGCUACGAGGAGCAGCUGGCGGUCUUGAAGAUCAUAUUGAAAAGCAGCUUCUCUUCUUCUCCCCAUAUAUAUAUAUAUAUAUAUACCUCUUCUUAAUCAUGUUGCUUAUAUCACCCUGUUGGUAAUAAUAUGCUCGUGCUUAUAAUGUGGGACUUACUUUUCCUUAUCUUUCCCUCUCCUUUUUUUUAAGUCAAAAGCAAAUAUGCCAUCUUAUAUGCAGUAGGCUUUGAGAGUAGGUUGAUGAACCAUGUUUCGUUUUGUUUAGCUAGGCUAACAUGAUACCUUUUUUUUCUUACUAAAAGACGCGGUGACCUGUUUACCAUAAAUGUCUGCGGUCUCCUAACUACAUUUUGUUUAGGCUUUGUGUAACCAUUGUGUAACUUGUUGCUAGUUUACAACAUCCCCAUCCGCACUGUGUGUUUAAAGCAUUACCACCCCACUU